AUGUCCUCUGGCGAAAACAUUACAAAGGCCUUCCUUGAAUUUCAAGAUGGCUUCAAUUAUGAAUCAGAAAUUAAAGAGAGCAUAAAAUUAGUGGUGAGGGAGCUGGAAGAGCAAGCUAGAAACAUUUUAAACACCGUACAGGCCAUUCACCACAAGGAUGGCUUCAACAAUGUUAGACAGAUUUGUGAGAAUUGUAGCAGCAAAUUACGAGAAGUUCAAACAACGCUAAAGGCAUUGGAGUCAAAAUUUUCUCUCAUUUGCUAUUAUAAAUACAAUGAUCUGUGGAGGAUGACGAUGCAAAAACUCUGCUUCCUGGCUUGCUACAUUGCUUUCCUCACCGAUCAAUCGUUUCUGCCUCAUCAUAAGUGCGCUGAAAUUUUUGCAAUUAGCACUAGCAGUGAAAGUGGUUUCCAUUUGGAGCUGGAAGAUUACCUGAUCGGUCAGCUGAUGUUGGCGUCUGAACUGUCCCGCCUCUCGACCAAUGCCGUGACAGCAGGCAUGUAUGACCUACCAAUCAGAAUCGCUCGUUUCAUGGCCGAAUUAGAUUCAGGGUUUCGCCUCUUGAACUUGAAGAAUGAUUGGCUGAGGAAGAGAUAUGAUGGACUGAAGUAUGAUUUGAAGAAAGUUGAGGAGAUUGUUUACGACUUAAGUAUUAGGGGACUGAGACCUCUUGAUGCAGAUAAGGAGUUGUCUAGUUGAUGCGACUGUUGGUUGGUUUGUUGGUUGGUUGAUUGAUUGGUUUGUUCACUCAACACGAUCGAAUUAUAAUAUUUUUUAUAUGUUUUGACUUUAGCCUCGAUUUUUUUUUUCUACUAACUUCUUAAGAUCGGGAAGUUUGAAUGAUUUAUUGCCUGCCCUCAAGAUGAAUGUUGAUUUAUUAUUUUUGUAUUGAAGUCUGCAGUUUUAUUAAAUAAAUUAUCUCAUA